ACUACAGUUCCUCUUACAGUUUUAAGUAUAAUCUUAAAGGUGUUUCCUUGUUUUACAGAUUGUUAGACAAAUAGAGGAAGAGUUUUUAAAACUCAGGCCAUUAAAUGGAAGAUGGAUGUUCUACAAAUCAGCAGGUGGGGGUGGUCAGAGAAAACUGUCCCUCAUACCAAUGGAUACAGAGGGAUAUAAUGGCCAGCAACUUCGGUCUGCAUCAAAUAAUGGCAAGAUAGUACUAUUUUUGGUGCCGCUUCAGGAGGACAUGGACAUAGACCCACUUCCCUUUGAUGCAGCAGAAUUUUCCAAAAUGCCUCAGGUGCCUUGUGUUAUAUGCCAAACAACUAUGCCACUACAAAUGCUGGCACUGCAUGCUGGAAACUGCAAACCAGUGUCUGAUGAUCAGACUCAGCCGACUGACAUUUUUGAAGAUGAAACUGAACUUCCAGUAGGGCAGGAAACAACUGAAGAUUUAAGAGAAAGACAGAGCUGCCCUAUAUGCCAGAGGGAUUUCUUGGUGUACGAGCUCCCUUACCAUGCCAAUGAAUGCUGUGAGAGUGAGGCUGUAUUGGAGGUUUUGGAGGUUGACCCGGACCAGCCAGGUCCAUCAUCUGUGGCUCAAGUACCAUACUCUCCUGCAGAACCAGAGGGCACUGAAGCAUGGAAAAAAGUUAAAAAUCCACAAAAGGCAGUUGAGCUGUUCCUCAAACAACUCAAACAUGGAGGGGAGCACCAGAGAGCACUUUUUCUCAAUCUGGAUGCUGGAGACUCUGAUGAGGAGCGAGACAUGUCACUCAUUUCAUUUUACAAGCACCAGCGUGACAAGAACCAGUGGGCUGCUCCUUUUCGCUGUCGCAUUCAAGGAGAUGCUGCAGUUGGUCGAGGUGUGACAAGACAUAUCAUCUCAUCUGCAAUUGCCAAACUGAAAAGAGGAUUUAAUAUGAACUUUGGUAUGUACUGUAAACUUGAAUUAUAUUUUCAAUGUUGUACAUACAUUUACCAUAGUUCAAAACCGUUUGAGUUUCACUCCUGAAAUAUUUUAAUGUAUUUUAAAACCAUUCCUUUUUUUUUUUUUUUGUUUAUUACCACAGACUUAAUUUUUGCACUGUUGCGCCUAACUUUUAUCUUAGGUGCAUAAAUGUAUGUGAACCUACCUUCGCGACCAUAUUGAAUGAACUUUACCUAUAUUUGAAUUGCAUUUAAUUCAGUGCUUUUACAUGGUCACUAUUAUUUUUAAUUGCUGUCAUUAUUAGCAUUAAAACUCAAAUGAUUAAAUUAAAAAGUGGUAAACAUAAAGCCUUUUAUUUGAAACAAAGUUCUACCAGAAUC